GGAGGGGCAAAAUGGCGGACAGUUUCAGGAGCUAGCCCACGAUGCACCGAAAUUAUUCAUUUUUGAUAGUGAAAUAAGUUGAAAAUACAAAAUAUGUAAUAUAUAAAGACGCGUUUAGUUAGACUACUAAGAUUUCUAGUUGUAUAUUUACUUCACAAUUGUUGUUUUUGUAGUUAUAAUCUGUAAAAACCCGAAAAGGUAGCAGGGUGCUAACCGUGCUAACAGUAAACACGCUAAAAACAUUGAAUAAAAUCAUUGGCAAAGAAAGACAAAGCCUAAUCUUUUGUAAAAGUAUCAGAAAUGAGAAGGUGGAACUGGAGAGACGGAGAGAGGCCAUACAGGAGACACGGACGGAGCAGAGGGAAUCACCAGAGAAGAGACAACAACCAGUGGUACAGGAAUGACAGAUACUAUGAACCAACCCAACGAACUGAAAGUCAACCUGCUCCUUCAUCGUCCUCUUCUUCCUCUUCCUCUUCCUCUGCCUCCUCCAGCUCUGCCGCUCCAGAGCUUCCUGGUUUCUACUUUGACCCAGAGAAGAACCGAUACUUCCGCCUGUUGCCAGGUCAUAACAACUGUAACCCGCUGACCUCCGAGCAGCUGAGACAGAAGGAGAGAGAGAAGAAGAGAGAGAGGAGCCUCAUGGAAGAUGAUAAUCCCAGAAAAAAAGCACCAAGAUCAGGAGUUAACAUGACGCUGCUUCUACAAAAAAGACAAUUUGGAACCAUUCCUGUCAGAUCCUACUGCAGAUUGUCACAUGAGGUGAAAGUGAGUGGAAUGAGGCGUCAAAAACUGGAGAUUCUAAAUACAGACCACAACAGUCAGAGCACAGAUAACUUCAGAAUGAUGGUGGGAGACUCUUCAUCUGAGCGAGUUUUCACUGUCAGCGAUGUGUCUCAUGGUGGAGCCAAAUACGGAAUCAUGAACCUCCGCAGCAGCAGAAACAAGACCCCCCUCACUGUGGAGAUGUGUGACAACCACCUCUUCACAAACCGCAAAGUGAAUUCAGUUUGUUGGGCCUCAGUCAACCACCAAGACUCCCAUGUUUUGUUGUGUUUGGUUGGAGCCGCAGACACUCCCGGUUGUGUCAGUUUACUUCCUGUGUCUCUUUACAGCAAUUCAAACCCAGAACAACCAGAGACACUGUGUAAUUUUAAAAUCGCCUCAGCCUGGUCCUGCGCCUGGUGUUCCCAUCCUCAGUUUGACAAAACCUUCAGCACAGGUUUGUCUCGAAGGAUCAUUCUCAAGGAUGCAGAAAAUGGACGCACUCAGACCUACAGUGUUUCCAGUGAUGUUUUGGCUCAACACUUUUCUCUCAAGGCCCCGGUUCUGUUCAGUGGCUGCAGGUCUGGUGAAGUCUUCGGUCUGGAUCUGAGGCAACGCAGUCGAAAAGGACAGAGCUGGAAAACUCAUCGCCUCCACCAGGGGGCAGCCAUCACCUCCAUCAGAGUCCUCAAUGACCACAACUACCUUCUGGCUGCGGACAUGCUUGGACAGAUAAAGUUGUGGGAUGUGCGGGUCUCUAAGUCUGUGCAGCAGUACAAAGGACAUUACAAUGAACACGCCCUCCUACCUGUACAUGUCAGAGAACCAGAGGGACUCGUGCUCGCAGUGGGUCAGGACUGUUACACUCGGAUCUGGAGCCUCCAAGAUGGCCGCCUGCUCCGCACCAUCCCCUCCCCUCACCCCACAGCCAACGACCUCAUCCCCAGUGUGGUCUUCUCCUCAAACCUCGGUGGACAAAAUGGACCCCCGGGACUCAUCAUGGCUGUCAAAAACGAACUGUUCUAUUACCCGUACAACACAGACGCUGAGGAAAUUAUACAAACUGUUUAAUAAGUUUAAGAAAAACUCUGCCAAAAGAGGCAUUUUAUAUGAUCAGCAAUUGGUUUCUCUGAAUUCUAAACAAACCCAUAUCAGUCAGUUCUGAUUAGCAGUACUUUUUCUCACACUGUCUCACCCAUUUUGAAAUCAAAAGAUUUAAUGGAGAAGUUAUUGCUCUGCCCUGAAUAUUCCACAUUAUGGCAUUAAACUGUCUUUUGUUUAUUUAAUUACAGUUGAAUAGGCUUACCUUUCCACAGGGCUGACCUGUAUGUGGAACAUUCUAGGCAAAGAAGUAACAUCUUCAUGGAGACAAGUAAGUGCAGAACCUUCACCCUAACUUUAACUGUCUGGUUAAGUUCAUUAGGUCUUCUGAUAUGAUGAUUAUAAGAAUAGGAAUCUAAAGUAUAAUAAUAAUAUAUCUAUAUAUGGCACCUUUUAACCUUAACUAUUGGGUAGAAUUUAUUUCCUCUGUCAAAGCAGAGGCCUGUCUCACAUGUUCAGGAAGACUAUGCCAGGUUUUAGCUGUAUAAAAUUGAAACACUGACUGCCCAUGUUUAGUCCUGGCUUAGCCCAUGUUUGGUCCUGACUCUGGGCACCAGCGGAAGGCCAGUCCUUGAGCUCCUAGGAGUUUUUAAUUGGUAGUAACAAGUUUACUAUUGUUGACAUAUUGAUAAAUGUCCUUGAUUUUUCUAUUGCACUUUGUCUUUGCCAUAAAAUACUGUUUGGUCUUGA